GUUAGGGGCGGGCCUCGGGGCAGGGCCGGGGCGGGACGCGGAACGCGCCGCGCGGCUCCCCCAGCCCCGGCUCUCUCCCCGCCCUUCCCGCGGGUACAGCUGUGGAGCGGGUGGAGGCCGAGUCGCGGAGUGGCGGGACUGGAAGGAAGCAGUGCUGAGCUUGGCUUCGGGGCGGCGGGAGCCGGUGGUGGCCCGGCGACGAGAGCUAGAGGUGGCGGGGCCCGGCGAGGCCACGAUGAAGCCGAGCAGCGAGGACGAGGCGGCGCCCGCGGGGGGCCCCUGGGAGGAGUGCUUCGAGGCGGCUGUGCAGCUGGCGCUGCGGGCGGGACAGAUCAUCAAAAAAGCCCUUUCUGAGGAAAAACGCGUCUCCACAAAAACAUCAGCUGCUGACCUUGUGACAGAAACAGAUCACCUCGUGGAAGAUUUAAUUAUUUCUGAGCUGCAGAAAAAGUUUCCUUCACACAGGUUCAUUGCGGAAGAGUCUGCAGCCGCCGGGGCCAAGUGCGUGCUCACCCCCAGCCCGACCUGGAUCGUCGACCCCAUUGACGGCACCUGCAACUUCGUGCAUAGGUUUCCCACCGUGGCAGUAAGCAUCGGAUUUGCUGUAGACCAAGAGCUCGAAUUUGGAGUGAUUUACCACUGCACAGAGGAGCGGCUGUACACGGGCCAGAGGGGCCGGGGCGCCUUCUGCAAUGGCCAGCGGCUCCAGGUCUCCGGGGAGACAGAUGGCCUCAGAGGCAGUGAGAGGAGGAAGGUGUGUCCCUGCCCUCCAGCGGCUCCUCAGCGAGCGAGGACGAGAAGUUCUCCACCUGUGGUCUGCGGUCGGGUGAGAGCACCGCCGAUCGAGGAGCCCUGGGUGGGUGGGAGGGCAGGAGCCCUGUGUGUCUGGCCCAGUGGGGAAACCAAGGAGGCUUGGCCUGGGGCUCCUGAGACUCACGAGCCUGCCCAGGGAAAGGGGAAGAUCACAUGAGGCUUCGCCCCGACUUGGGACCAGCAGGGCACACUCACCAGUUACUGCCUCCGAGUCCCAGAGAGAUUCCAGAACAGUCUCCAGGCUCGCCCCAUGUCUCCACCUCCCAGAAAUGUUUUGUUUGGCUGUACGAAAAGUAGCGCUAAUUGUACGUACGCAUGCCAAGAGGUAACCGCUCAGGGCAUGUUGGGUUAGUCAGUAGUGAGGAAGCAUGUCAUUAAACACACUUACGUGAACUUUGCUCCAUAUUCCAUUUGAUGAGAACACUUGGCUCCAUUCACACUCGCUGGGCUUCCUGGUCGCGCGUGACAACUUCAUAUCCUCAGUGCGGCUCUCAGAACCGUGUGGGCAAGGCCUCCAGGUCGCCUCUACUUCCGGCCUGUCGUAGGCCCUCUGGUCCUGUGCAGACCCUGUCCUAAACCCCUGCUGCAACACUGGGGUUCCCACUUCUCUCAAAACCGCCCACAUUCUGGAGCUCAUUUUCUUAAAAAAAAAAACUCUAAAGAGAGUCUGAUGUGCUGUUUUCAGCACUGGUCAUUUAGAACUUACGGGGUGAUUGGGUUUCUAUGGAGAUGAUGGACUGGACCCUGCAGCACAGUGGUUAGGGGUCACACAGACCUGGUUUCAGUCCCCAUUGUGCCACCCUCCAGGGCUGUGAGCUGUCCUCGUGUGGUGGGUGGGGUGACAUGAUGGGAAUGGAGGAAUAAAUGCAGUUAGGGGAAAGCGCUCAGUCAGGUCCCGGUGCAGGGUACCCAGAGGUGAGAGUUAUCAAAGAGGAAACCUCAGUCUUUGCACAAGAUGAUUAGCGCCCGAUGUUAAGUUUAGGACGCAUUUCUGGAUUAGGGAAAUCCACCCUAGGGAACAGGACACCCACCCCUGAUCUUUCUCUCUCCUUUCCUUACUCCUAUUACACCUUCUUGGAAGGCUUCCAUGCACAAAGUAAAAAGCAAACAGAACUACACAGGAUGGGGUAGAGGAUGAGAUGGAGGCCAGAAUUUGAUUAGAACCUUUUUCUUCACAUCCCACCAUGCAGAAUUUCAAACCUGGGUGAGUAGACAAAGUACCGUAAACCCAUGUGACUCACCAUGGGUCCAAUAUUGCCGAUUCUCGGGGCCAACCCUGCUUUAUCCACAGCGCCACCCAGUUCCCAUUGCCCCCAGCAAGUCCCUGACACAAAUCCCAGAUGUAGAAUCAUUUUCUAGUCAGCAUUGCAGUAUGCAUGCUUCUCUAUAACAUAUACAAUUCUUUGAAAUGCAUAAUCACAAUACCAAUGACACACCCCUCUAAAAAUUAUCAGUUAUUCCUAAAGUUAUUAAAUAACCAGAGUUCAGAUUUCCAGUUGUCUCAUCCUGUGGGAAACAGCCCUUCAGGGCCCCACCCUGAGUUCUCAGGGCUCCUUGUGGCUUCUGGGUCAGUCUUUCAUGUUAGGUCUUCUCACUGGACAGAGCUAAGAAGUUGUCUUUAAAUAUUAAAAUCAUUAUGAGUUGAAGAUUCAGGAUAAUAAUACUAACCUACUAACCACAGACCAUUACCUAAAGCAACUGGAAGGAUGUUGUUUGUCGUUUGGUCGUGUCUCCUUCUUUCUGUCCUUAGCGGAUGCCCUCCAGGUUCUGGAGUCGGACUUGGUUCUCUGCUCCCUUUGCCUGGGCCUCCAACGGAGGAUAAUCACUUAGAUGCAUUUGUUUCACUUUGUUUUUGAAUCAGGAAGACUAGUUUUUAAAAACUGAUUGUAUUUUGUAAUUAUAUAAAAAGGUACCUUGUUCCGAAGUCAGAUCUCUAAAACAAAGUCUAUCUGAAGAGGUUUGACUUCUGUCCCUGUCCUUUACCCUAGGGAACACUGUCCAGGAAGUGCUUAUGGUUCCAUUGUUUAUUUUAGGGGUGUGUGUGUGUGUGUGUGUGUGUGUGUUUGAUAAGCAGCUGAGUUUGUUGUUGUUCUGUUCUUUGCUUUUAUUCUCUGUGUUGGUAUGCUUUGGGUAUUUAGAAAGGUUUAUGUUUUUGUUCCAAUGAUUUCCUUUAUACAGAAUUUUUCUAUACGAUCCCUAGUCCUCUCUUUUUCGGGUUAUUGUCUCUUGGUUCCCUAUUCUCAGUAACAUUUAAGUUAGUUUGUAACCUCUUCUUCCCCCUCCUCUUAUACUCCAGUAUAUGAUUAAAGCCCAGUAACCUCUUGCUGUCAGUUACAAGGCAAUUGGCUAGCUCGUUCUACUAGUCACACCCUCUCCUUGUUACCUUUCCACCUCUGGGUGGUUGUGCUGCCCAGGUGUGGGUUGCCAGGGCAGCCAGCCAUGUGGGUGAUGCUCUCACUCUAGAACUGUCAGUUAGGGUGUGGUCUUGGUUCCACAAAUAAAUUAGACUUAAUACCCCCACUAGCCCUUUAUGUGGAUGUAUGGCCCGUCAUUUUGGUUGUGUGAAGCUCAUCUCAUUCGCUAGUACAGCAUUUCUCAAACUUUUUGAUUUUGGGACCAACACAUUUACACUAGUGAAAAGUUAUUGAAGACUCCAAAAGAGCUUUCGUUUAUGUAAGUUAUCUACUGGUGUUUAUGCAUUUGAAACUUAAACAGAAACUUCUAAAAAAACCCACAACUCAUUACAUGUUAACAUGAA